AUGACGGGCGAGUUUACUUGCGGACGCUGUCUGCAGGCACUGCACCGCUUCAGACUCCCCUUACGAUUGAGGAGCCCGGCUCUCAACAGCUAUAUCCCUUGCCAACGUCGCUCAUUUUCAUCGGGCCUGAUAGCAUGGCGAACAGCGACGUCGGAUAUCCCCGAUCCACGGGCUCUCUUGAAACCGAAUAACCUAUUCCACAAUUUCUCCCAAUCUCCAUCGCCGGCAAUCCGACAGCGUGCAGCCUUUAUCAAACAAAACGCCUUUUGCCCUCAUCCUAGCCAUCUGCAGACCCGACCGGACGAACCCGAGGGCAUUGCGCCUCCGGCUCAUUCACACUUUGAAUGCCCGGAUUGCGGCAUCCCUAUAUACUGCUCUGAGGGACAUUGGGUGGAUGAUUUCGAAGCCCACCUGGAAGUCUGCGAAACUCUUAAACAGAUCAACGAGGACGACCAUGAUCUGCGCUCCGGACGUUUCUUCCCGGAGUUUGCGAUGCCCGGGCUGCAGGACGAAAACUUUGUCAUUAACAUGACAAAUUGGGAUACUUUUCUUUACACGAGAGAGUUUGAUGCUAUUAAUGACGACCGGAGCAUGCGGCAGGUGACGCGGAUGCUCACAUAUCCGCUUACCAUUGGGAGUGUAUUGCAUGAACUGAGCCCCUACAGUAUUCGAAAAGAUAAGAGACUUACAGCUGAGGGUCUCAGGAGUAUCAGCGCCCUCCGGUACUCUCUACAUCCGCCUAGGACGGGAGAGGGCGUUGAUAUCCAAGGCCUGCGUGUGAAGGCACCUCCGGUGCGAAUUUUUAUCCUAGGAGCGCGUGCCGAAUCGUCUCUACCUCGCGAUGUGUGGCUUCAGCUGAGUCACAUCUUCCCGCGGUCUCUUAUCAAUCUCAUUUUCAUUGGGCCUGAGAGCAUGGCGAACCGCGACGAAGAAUUUCCCCUCCCCGAACGAACACCCGAGAAUCCUUUUGGAGGAAUCGUUGAAGAUAGGUUAGGAGGUCAGAUGAAGAUCACGACGUAUGUGGAUUACUUCCACACGAUGUACAAGGCACAUUACUUUCAGCCGUUUGACCCGUACCUCGACUGCAUUGUGCUCUUCCACCCGGGUCUUGGACAUCCUGCCAGCUCUCACGAAUGGGAGGAAACGCUACCCCUGCUCCUCGAGACCAAGGUCCCCAUUAUCACCACUGGCUACACACAGUGGGAUAUGGAAAGGGACAUUGACUGGGUUCGCGAGAAGUGCGCUGGUGAGUUUGACAUCCUGCUUGAGCCUGGUGAGAACAUUUUUCGGAGUCUGCGAUGGGAUCUCAAUGACCUUGACCCGCAUGACGUCUCUUGUGGCAAUUGGGGGUUGUGGGCGUUCAGAGGAAAGAGGUAUAUUCCCUGCCUUGAUUGA